AAUGAAGUUCUUCAGUAUCAGAUUACAAGCUGGAUAGAACGGUGAAGCACCAGUGAUGGACAUGUGUUUCAGAAGUGAGAUGUGUGCCAGAAGAAUCAAACAGAAAUCUUUCUUGUAGAGAAGCAAUUUUUUUCAUCAUGAAAAGUGGAUGUUUCGAUAUUUUUUGAGACUAUGUGGUUGGAAUUGAAAGCAAAUCUUCUGAUUCUUCUGCCUUUAAUCAUUGCUUUGCUUACAUCAAAUGUCUGGUUCUUAGUAGCGUUACCACUGUCAUGGUUUGCUGCUAAUGUGAUGGGAGGUAUGCUGUAUCUAACCACAUCAAGCUGCUUACCUGAGAUCCAGAGAACCAAAUGUUCCUGUCCGAAUCUAAAAGAAGGAGUCAAUAGAGGGAAACUUGAGCGUGUUCAUCUAGAUAACACUUACCAAGGUGUGGACUGUUCUUUUUAUGUUCCAGCUCAAGUUGACAAUGCUCUAACGGCACUCUUGGAUACCAUAUGCGGACAGGUGCUGCUAAAUGCGCGCGCAAUUAACGGCGAAUGUGUUGAAUUUGAACUGGAGUUGAAACAUAUGUUGCGAAUGCUCCUAUUACGCAUAGUAAACAGAAUACGGGAAAACGAAAAAGUGAUCGACGUUAUUGCUCAAGAUAUAAUCGCAUGUACUCUUAAACAUUUUCACAAUACAUAUCCUCGAGUGAGUUUUACCGAUCGUUAUAGCUCGGACGACCAGCAAUGUCUGGACAGUGCUUCCUCCGUGUUAUCGACCAUGAACCAAUCCAGCAUUCUUUCCAAUCUUUACAGAUCCAAUAAACUUCACCCAGCAAUGUGCAGUCGAGCUGCUGAAGUCUCGUAUCUGGAAAAAGCUUUCACAACCAUAUCUCAUUUCGACUUCCCAGAAGACAUUAGGUGUUCAGAAUUAACUCUAGCUCUGGCUACAGAGGCGUUCGUUCUAUAUUUUGUUCAGCUCUCAGACGUCGUUUCGGAUCCAGAUGGUAUGAAUCUGAUGAUCGGAAAAAUUCUCUCUGGAAGCAAAGUUGUCCUGACCUCGACAUCAGAUAAAGUGGUGCCUUUUCUAUUCAGGUACUGUAAUUCAGCAGAGUCCAAGUCAUUGCCUCCUUUAGAUCGCCAGUUAUAUGGGGAUCCAGAAAUGGCACAAGGUGUUAACGCACAAGUUAUCAUGAAAGACGGACUCCUCUUUUCACUUUUCAUGAAGUUUCUCCAUAAAGAAGACGCCGUGCACUAUAUACAGUGUUUGGGAGAUUUAAGAGAAAUAAGACAGUCGCGCCAUUUUGCUUCUAAGGGUAGUUUUGAAAACUUCGCUUUCAAGUAUUUCGAUUGCAUUAGCAACGAGAAAGUAUUGCUGUCUCGAGAUUUAAUUUCAGAAUUUGAGCUUCUCUUACGAUCGUUCGAAAUUAUUCCCUGGAGUCGAAAAGAAAAAAUUAUCUUGCAAAUAGAAAGCGAAGUGCACUCUAUCCUUAAUGAUUGUUACAUGGAACGCUUCAAACAGACAUACGAUUUCACAUGCCGUUACUUUUUAGAUGAAAAAACCGCUGCGCUGCUUAAACAUGAAGGUGGUUUCGAGGAACGUGUAAGUAGCUCGGAAUUCAAACGAAACUCAGUUGAUUUAGACUCACUCGAAGUAAAAUUAACAGAUGAAGAGGGAUCGUCCGAAAACUUAUCCGAUGAGUUUGUCCCUGCCAGCCUUACUAAAGUUGACAUCGAUUUGAGCAACUUCAGAAUUGAACUUGAACCUGAAGUUGUAGAGCUAAAGGGCCACAGCUCAUCAGACUCCAAUUUGUACUAUGUUAUACAUGUGAGACGGGUUGCGCUCGGCAUGAACAACGAGGAGUUUCACAGAAGUGUGUAUAGAAGGUAUGAGAACUUCUCAGUGCUACAAGACAAGCUAAAGUUCCACUACGCCAAGGAUCUGAAAGAUCUUAAACUGCCUUCAAGGCCAAAUUUGGUCAUCACUACAAAAGCUGCACAUGAGCAGCUGCGUAAAAUUGUGCCUUCUCUGGAACAGUAUUUGAAAGCACUAUUAGGAAUCCCUAAAUUUCGUCACUCGGCAAUGUUAUUUGAUUUUCUGACUAAAGAAACAUCUGAUGACUUUGAGUCACCUAAUUUCUUGUCAAAAUUGGCUCUCAAACGCAACGGAAUAGCGGACAAUAUAAUGACUUCUAUUGUAAAAAAUGAAGCUGGAAAAGCAUUGGAAGUGAGCUACUUGCCCAGAUUCAUGGGUUGCAUGAACGGAAAUCCGAGAAACAAAAACUUAAUUGUCGAUUCGGCCAGCCGCAAAGGAACCGCAGUCGCUUCAAACGCACAGAAUGCAAAAUCGGGCGCGAAAGUAAACUCAACCUUACACAAUAAUGCACUCUUAGAUAUAAUACACGUAAGAGGCAUGACUUCAGCAACUAGUGAAGUUACAUGUAUCCAGAAUGAGAUGUUGCAAGAGAACCCUAGUAAUGUAGUUUCUGUGAACUCGGAUUCAGAAGGUCUUAGUAAACGGGAUUCUCGCGAUGUGUCAUUAGUUAGCAUUCAACGGUCAGUUAGUACAGCUUCUCACCAUAAGACAAGUAAUAAAUUGUCUGAUGUGGACCUGAACUCCUAUUACGACUACCUCCUUUAUUUCUCUAUUUAUAUCUACUCUUUAUCUCUUGUCUUCCAGAAAAUUUUAAUCGGCCCAAUCAAAUCAUUGCUUGCCGAUUUUGUUAAUAGUUGUUGCGCUAAGUUUGUGAAAAGCAAAAUCAGAAUGGGAUUGCACGAAGAAUAUUUGAGUCAGUUUCUAAUUUUUCUGACGGAGAAUUUAAAGCCGAAAUCGUCACUCACUGUACCGAAAACUCCAAGAUCGUCACAGGAUAAAUUCAGAAGGAAAAAUCGAACACUGGGACUAAUAAGAAAAGCAUUGAACCCGAUUGUUGUGAAGCUCAUAGUAGGUGAACAGAAACACAAAGAGACGACAGAAAUUUUGUUCCGACUGCUUCAGUACUCGAAAUUAAACAAGCAAUUGUUUUAUCAAAUACUUGACAGAAUCAUCCAAAGGUUGUAUAUUGAAAAAUCGUCAUCCAGGUAGAAUAGAAUCCUUAAUUAGAAAUUAAA